UCUCCCCUCCCUCUCCUUCCUGCUUCAUCUCUUCAAGAAAGUGAACAUAAAGUAAAAACACGGAGAGAGGGAGGCAGAGAGAGAAAAAGCUCCCUGAAGAGGGAAGCCCCAGCAGCCAGUAGCUGUUUGGAUUUGCCUGGCGCUGCCUUUAUUGCUUUGCUCCCAAGGAAUUCCUUUAAUGGGAUCAAUUGCUUCAGUUCCUUUAUAACCAAGUCCACCGGAAAGGCAGACUCAACAUAUUAUGGGCAACUGUGUGAAGUCUCCACUGAGAAACCUCUCAAAAAAGGAUAGAGAACUGCGUCCAGAAGAAAUUGAAGAAUUAAGAGAAGCCUUUAAGGAGUUUGAUAAAGACAAGGAUGGGUUUAUUAACUGCAGGGACCUGGGGAACUGCAUGCGAACCAUGGGCUACAUGCCUACUGAGAUGGAGCUCAUAGAGCUCUCCCAGCAGAUCAACAUGAACCUGGGUGGCCAUGUGGAUUUUGAAGAUUUUGUUGAGCUGAUGGGACCAAAGCUGCUAGCAGAAACUGCAGACAUGAUUGGUGUAAAAGAGCUCCGCGAUGCCUUCAGAGAGUUUGACACCAAUGGUGAUGGGGAGAUCAGCACCAGUGAGCUGCGAGAAGCCAUGAAGAAGCUUCUAGGGCAGCAGGUGGGCCAUCGGGAUAUUGAAGAGAUCAUCCGGGACGUGGAUCUGAAUGGAGAUGGGCGUGUUGAUUUUGAAGAGUUUGUUCGCAUGAUGUCCCGUUGAAGAUACUUUUCAGCUAAAGAAGAAUCAGCACCUUAGAGAGGGCAGAAGAGGACCUAGAUGGAGCAUCUAGCCCCGAUGUUCCCAUGUGAAGGUUUAUCGGCUGGCUGCGAUUGGGACAUUGCAAGAUGACCUGCUGCUCCUCCCUCACAGUGGUCCCCAUGCCCCUCCACCCUUUCACACUGUGAAAGACUUGCAACUUCCUACAACUGGAACCAUUCCUUGAAGAUGAUUGCAGGAAACUGCAGAGCCAGAACUUGCCAUGAUGCUUUCAUGGGAUAUUUGCAACUUUAGACUCCUCCUCCCCAGCUUUAUUCUCCCACCAGCUGCUGCAAAGCAAGAGCAGGAGAGAUCCUCUUGGCUGGGUGGAUGAGAGCAAAGCCAUUGGGACUGGUGGCAGCCUCAGGGCGUGCUCUGCACUUCUUGGUUUCCCUUGGUGAACUGUGUCUGUGUUUGCUGUCUGUGUGUGUCUAUCUGUGUGGAGUUAUUUAUGCUUCCCCGGCACAUAUUCGCAUCUCCUGUGGUUAUGUUUACCAAGAGUAAAUUCAAAUACAUGUCUUGC